AUGGCAAAUCCGAAAUAUGAAUUAACGAUAACCUGUAAAUCACCGCGAUCGCCACAAUCGGCCGAGAAAAUAAUUAAAGAAACUGGGGAUGUACUUGAAGAUACCCAAAGUAUUAAAAGUAUGAGUUCUAACUUUUUUGAUGAAUUUGAAUAUGGGGAUAAAAACAAUUGCAUUAAUUCGAACAUAAAAAAUGAUAAUUUCGUCACUACAAAAGUAACACCGAAGGAUACCAUUGACCAGAUACUCACUGAUGACCCAGCUCAGACCAUGAACGUAAAUGAGAGUUUUGAUAUGAAUUCGGACAUCCAAGGAAGCUUGUGCUCUCAAUGCAAAUUCACGAAUAGACUUAACAGCUACAUUGAACGCACCGUUAAUACUUCAGUCGGAAUGGAAAAGGAGUUUCAAGAAUAUUUUGCCAUAUCUGAAACUAGCAGUCUCUCACCCAUGAUGAAAGGAGCCAUAGAUGUAUUCGAACCUGCGUAUGAUGGUAAAACCAAAAAUGGAACAAGGUAUAUUUUUCCAAGCAUUUCAAAUUCAUCAAAUCCGAGUAUUGGUUUACAGAAUUCUUCAUUUGCUCCUGAUUUGUUAUUAGAAUCAAAUCGACCAAAAAUCUCUGAGCAGUAUUCAAAUCAAACUGAAAAAACAGCACUGAUACUUGAUCAAUCCCCAACUACAAACUCCGUUGAGAUUUGCUAUAGGAAAUCAAGCAAGGAGCAAUUAAUAUAUUGUAAACGAUUUCUUACCGUACCGAUUUCUGAAACUUGUUUGGUAGAGUUUAUUCCAUCAAAAAAGACUUGUUUUCACAGUCUAAGAAAGUUUAAAUCUGAAGAUAACAUCCCAGCUAAGCUUGCAGGGAGUGAGAGUCAUAACAGAAACAAAUCUUCUGUUCUACCUGACAAAUUUAUGUCAGAUUUGAUUGAACGAUUUGGACCGAUACCCUUCACCAAAGGCAACUGUUCUACGGAGAUUGUAAAAUGCAACGAGAAUGUCAGUAAUGCUGUUCUUCCAAGACAGACAGAAAACAAAUGUUCUGACAAUUGGAAUAAUGAUAAAGUAAAUACAGAAAAUUCAACACAGGUUUGUGUGCUGCGUCAAACUUUCUCUACAAAAUUAGAAGACAUAAAACAAGGAGAGGUGGGUACGGACCUCGGACAAACAUGCAGGUCAAAUAAUAACACAUCGGUUGAAAGCUGUGAUAUUUUUUUAAAACAAUUAACGCCAUCAGAAAAUCUGAAUGUACAAGAUAUUACCACAGAAGACAGCAGUUCUACAUUUAAUCAAAGCACAAUUGAAGAAGUGUAUUUCAUGGCUUCUAAUGAUAACAUUGACUGCUCAAGCACUACUGAAAUAUUCCAAACAUUACCUCAGCACAAAACUGAUGGAAAUGAUUCACUGCAAUGCACACUCAAUGACAAGAUGAUCGGAGAUACACGUUCUACAGAAAAGUUGAUUGAUUUAAAUCUUCAACAACUUACCAACUCAACUAGUCAACCCAUUCAUGACGAAUCAAAGAAGAACAAUAUCACCAUUAACAGAGACUCAGGCAGCAUUGCUGACAUGAUUAAUUUAAGAUCUGAAAAUGAUGAGAUGCAAAGUCCAUCCACUGAUCCUAUACUAAAAUCUGAUCCACAUUUGUCUGUAAUACAGUUGGAGGUCAUCCAGAAAGAAAAGGAAACGACAGGGAAGACCAUCGUUCUUAUUAAUUCUAGCGACGAUCUAGCGAAAAACUCCGAAUCGCUAAGGGAUCAACAGCUCGGAAGUGAAAAAGGUUUGGGAAUUUCAAGUAACUCCUUCUUAGAACUUUCGGUAGAAUCACAGAUGGAUAACAUAGAAGAAAAAGACACACUUAGAAUGAAAGAAAUCAUUCCUAUUCAUACAAAUAAUAGCACCACGAGUUUCAUAACUUCACAGAAUUUAAGUGAGGAAAAUGCAGAGACAACAAACAGGCAGCUAGCUGUUUUAGAUAAAGUUAAUAAUAAUGUUGCUGGAGAAAAAAUAAAUUUAUCAGAUAAUGUGAAUAGAGAAUUUCCGAUUGGGGAAAAAUUUAAGAGGGUUGAGAAGGAAGAUGAGAGGACAUUAGAAAAGGGAAUGCCUUCUAACUCGACCAACAAUAUCUGUACAAAUUUUGGUUUGACAAGAGAUGAUAAUAUUCGGAGUACAAAAAGUCAGACACCCCCAGGCAAUUUUACCUUGGAUAUGCUGUCUGAGUCACAAUUCCAAACGAUCGAAACGGAGGCUUAUGCUAAAGCGGAAGAAAUAAAUGUCCAAUUAAAGAAGAGAGCAACAAUUCAAGGCAGUGUAAACAAACAAAAUAUAUUCUUUAAACCUGAACAGAUAGGUAUUACUACUAUGGACACGAACGAUCUAGUGCUGCCCAAUUGGGUGGUAAAUCGAGCUCCUGAACCAGACUACGACAAGAUGAGACGUGCCUUUCAGAAAAGACGACAGUAUGUGAAAAUACUACUUCAAGAAAUACUCAGGCUUAGUACAAUAGUUUCCAAGGUAGGGACUAUGCUUCGUGCAGAGCCCGCAGAAAACAACUUGAAGCCACAUGUGGACAGUGUUUUCCAGCUUCAAGACUUCGAUUCUAUUCACCGAGUACAUAAUAGAGCAGAUGACCUGUACAAUGAAGCUACUAUUUGUGAGACUCCUAGUGAUACAAAAACCAAUGUUCAAACUUCUAAUGCAGUGAAAGACCUUAAAGGUAAAGACAUAUUUUAUGUACCACCAUCAAAUAUGUCAUUUCCAAAUACCCCUAAAAAUUUUCCUAACAACGUAAAUAAUCUGCCCAAUAGUAUCGAAGUUUCCACUAACACGGUAACACUUAAGAAUAGUGUAUGCACUGAUAUAACAGCAGGUCUUAAAAGUGAAAAAUUUUAUGUACCUCCGACAAAUAAAUCCGAAUAUGAUACCGUUCCAACUAUCAAUCAACAAAUAGAUACAAAGUUGAAGGAUGGCAAAAUUACUGAAGCAUUUGUGCGUCACAAUGCCUCAAUUAUCUUUAGCUCCCUGAAGCAAAUUCCGAAUAAUCAUACAACUUAUAAACCAGAUAUCAGGACUGUAUGGCACUCUGGCCAAGAAAGUGGUGCCAUUCCGGAAAAAUCGUUCAGCAAAACUAAAAUUCCAAAAAACAAUCAAACAGUUCGACAACAAAUCGCUGCAGGAUAUGAAAUGCCACAGUUAAAUUCAAGUGCUUCAGUUUUUACCAAUAAUACAGCAUCCAAAAAUGUUGAAGAUGGAAAAACUAACAUAUGUGACUUGGAUAAUUCAAAACCAGUUAAUAAGAACACAAUUUUCUAUGUACCCGAUGAAUGGUCAUCAGUGUCAGGUAAUCACGUUGAAUUAGACAGUAUAAAAAAUGAUUCAACUCGUUCUUAUAAGUUUCCAAUGCCAUCAACAUCUCAAGCUAGAUCAAAUGAACAUUCAAAACUAUUGGUCAAUGAUGUAUGGGCCAUGAACACACAAAAAGCACAAUUUAAUAGGAAAAAUCUAGAAAAUGUGCAGCCAACUAUUAAAAACAUUUUUUAUUCACCUCAUGAAUCAUCAGUUUCAAAUAAUACAUUAUUUACAAGUAAAUUCGCAGAAUCAGCUGGUACAAAAACAGACUUUCCAAUACCUUCUUCGGCCCAUCUAAGACCAGAUCAAUGCCUUAGAAUAUCUAACAGUAAUGUGGUAGUCUCAGACACAUUGAAGAGAAAAAAUAACAUUCAUAAUGCGACCAAUGCAAAGCGUGCUCGUGAAAACACAAUUUUUUAUUCACCUGAGAAAUUGUCAUUACCAUCAAAAGAUUUAUUCUCAACAAGUGAUUUCCCGGAAAUACACAAUACAACAAAUCCGAGACUUUCUUCAUAUAAUUAUUCGUUGCCUUCAGUCCACGUGAGACCAGGGAGACCAUCAAGACUGUUGAAUAAUUCUGCAGUUUUUUACAAUGGUAAUAAGGAUCAGGUGACAGAUUUCAGAGAACCAUAUCGCCAUUGA